UCCUACAUGACCAACUCCCCGACGCUGAUCGUGAUGAUCGGCCUGCCCGCACGUGGCAAGACCUACGUGUCCAAGAAGCUCACCCGCUACCUCAACUGGAUCGGGGUGCCCACCAAAGUGUUUAAUUUAGGAGUGUAUCGCCGGGAAGCGGUGAAGUCUUACAAGUCCUAUGACUUCUUCAGGCACGAUAACAAAGAAGCCAUGGAAAUCCGCAAACGAUGUGCCUUAGUGGCUCUAGAAGACGUGAAGGCUUAUCUCUUGGAGGAGUGCGGGCAAAUAGCUGUGUUUGAUGCCACCAACACAACUCGAGAAAGACGGGACCUGAUCUUAAAUUUUGCUAAAGAAAAUGCUUUCAAGGUGUUUUUUGUGGAGUCUGUUUGCGACGAUCCAGAAGUCAUUGCUGCCAAUAUCCUGGAGGUGAAAGUUUCCAGCCCCGACUAUCCGGAGAGAAACAGGGAGAACGUGAUGGAUGAUUUCCUGAAGAGGAUAGAGUGCUACAAGGUCACUUACCAGCCUCUCGAUCCCGAUGCCUAUGACAAAGAUCUUUCCUUCAUUAAAGUGAUCAAUGUGGGACAGCGGUUCCUAGUAAACAGAGUCCAGGAUUACAUCCAGAGUAAAAUCGUCUAUUACCUAAUGAACAUUCAUGUCCAGCCGCGUACCAUCUACCUUUGCCGACACGGUGAGAGUGAAUAUAAUCUUGUUGGCAAGAUUGGUGGGGAUUCUGGUCUGUCACCACGUGGGAAGCAGUUUGCUCAGGCGCUGAAGAAGUUCAUCGAAGAGCAGGAAAUUGUUGAUCUGAAGGUGUGGACCAGCCAGCUGAAGAGGACGAUCCAGACGGCCGAGUCCCUGGGGGUCACGUACGAGCAGUGGAAGAUUCUCAACGAGAUCGAUGCUGGGAUAUGUGAAGAAAUGACCUACGCAGAAAUUGAAGCCAAGUAUCCAGAUGAGUUUGCCUUGAGGGAUCAAGAGAAAUAUCUUUAUCGCUAUCCUGGAGGAGAGUCCUACCAGGACUUGGUCCAGCGCCUGGAGCCGGUAAUUAUGGAGCUAGAACGGCAAGGCAACGUCCUCGUCAUCUGCCACCAGGCAGUUAUGAGGUGCCUGUUGGCUUAUUUUCUCGACAAGAGUGCAGACGAGCUGCCCUACCUGCGCUGCCCCCUCCACACCAUUCUCAAGCUCACGCCUGUUGCAUAUGGUUGUAAAGUGGAGACGAUUACCCUGAACGUGGAAGCAGUGAACACCCACCGCGACAAACCCUCCCUCAACUCAGUAAGUCCUGCUGUGCCACUCUGGCUUUUUCCCUUUUCAAAAAGAAGUCCCUAA